AUGGACAAAGACACCCGAAUCCUUAUCGUCGGCGCCGGCUGCUUCGGCAUUUCGACCGCAUACCACCUUUCGCAGCGCGGCUACACUUCCAUUCGUGUGCUCGACCCUUACGCACCUCCCUCAUGCGAAGCAGCUUCUACCGAUAUCAGCAAGGUCAUCCGCAGUGACUACAACGAGCCCCUAUAUGCACGUCUUGGAAUUGAGUCCAUUGAAGCAUGGCGGUCUUGGCCCAUGUUUCGUGGACUCUACCAUGUCCCCGGGUGGAUUCUCAGCGCGGCGAACCUGUCCCGGCCCUUUGUCGAGGGCUCGAUCGAGACAUGUAGGAGGCUCGGAGUAAAGGGUCUUGAGAAGCUCACACCGGAUCAAAUCCGUGCUCGCUUCUCUGUUAUCACGGGAAAGCUGGAUGGGUGGAAUAUCAAUGUGUGGAACCCAACAGCCGGGUGGGCAGCUUCUGGAACAGCUAUCGAGCGGAUGGCAGGUGCUGCUCAACAGAAGGGAGUGGAAUUGAUUUCGGGGACAAAGGGGAAUGUGCUAGAGUUGAUAGUGGAUGAUAUCACUGGGGGAUGCAAGGGAGUCAUCAGCGCAGAUGGCACGAGACACGAGGGUGAUGUGGUCAUCGUGGCCGCAGGAGCUUGGACACCUUCACUACUAGACGUGAAGGGCCAGUUGACUGCUAAGGGACACAGUGUCGCUCAUAUCCAGCUCACCCCUUCCGAAACGAAGCACUAUGCCUCGAUGCCCAUUCUGGAUAAUCUCGAGCUGGGAUACUUCUUCCCACCUCAAGAGGAUGGGAUAUUCAAGAUGGCCCACAGCCAAUUCAUUACAAAUAUGCAGACUACAAAGUCUGGUAUCACCACUUCUGUCCCACACACAUUCGUUCAGGCACCCACCGAUGGCCUCCCUCUUGAAAUAGAAGCCCAAAUGCGCCGGAACUUGCGGCGCGUGUUCCCUGAGCUUGCAGACAAACCCUUCUGCUAUACACGGCUUUGCUGGGAUGCUGAUACAGCUGAUCGGCAUUUCCUUGUCACCCCUCAUCCUACCCACAAAAGUCUCUUCCUGGCGACCGGCGGCUCGGCGCAUGGGUUUAAGUUCCUUCCUGUCGUUGGAAAAUAUGUCGCUGAUUUGCUCGAGGGCACUCUUGACCCAGAGACAAUGCGCCAAUGGCAAUGGAGAGCUGGACAAAAGAGCACCGCGAAGAACUUGGCGCACUUGGAUCCGGAAAUGGAGUUGAGCGACCUUACGGGGUGGAAAGGUAGACAGAUACGUGAAAGAAGCCAUGCUUCUAAGCUAUGA